AUGGAUCUCUCCCCGGAACGCGAUCAUUUCCCCCUCCUGAAACUCCCUAAUGAAGUGCUACGCAUGAUCAUGGAGAAGUCUUCUGAGCGAGGGCCGAAUGAAGUGGCCCUCCCUUAUUACGACGAUCUUCUUUCUUUGGCGCUGGUCUGUCCCAGGCUCAGCGCGGCCGCAACCGAGGUCCUUUAUUCUUGUAUAUGCAUUUACGCAGAUGAAUAUCAUGAUGAUGGCCUCAACGCCCGGCUUUCAACCUCCACACGGCUCGUGCGUCUGCAUCGCACUUUGCGAGAGAAUGUAGGACUUCGCCGCUUUUGCACUCGUUUCAUAUUGGUCCAAAGACGAAACCUGCUACAGGGCGGCCCUGUGGAAUCCUUCAGCGUUCCCGUGGACUCCUCGGAGCCGCAUCAACCCUCUACUCCCUGGCCAAGAACGGUUGCUUCGAUCAUCCUGGAUUGUACAAAUUGGCUUUACAACACUAGAGUCUUAGUCAUAUCUGGGUAUGAUGCACAUGGCACAUUUAUCCCGGAGCUUGGCGAAAUCACUUACCGUGUACUGUCCUGUGCAAGAAUGAGCAUGCCACGAUUGGAAUGCAUCGAUAUCUUGAACGACAUAUCAUACCAUCGCGAUGUUCUGACUCUAUACGAUAUUCAACUGGCCUUGAGUGGCGGCUGCUCGGACCUCAAGCAUUUGAUGAUUCGGCAGCGUGUGCGUCACUCCUCGCACCCACAUGGAAGUAAUGCUCUCGGGAGGCUUCGCAAUUCCAAUCUACGUUCUGGAUUCUCUCUUUCCACUCUCACUCUCGUUAACUCGUCCGAUCAUCCCGACUCGGUGAGAAACUUUGUGACAUGGCUGAAAGGCCUCAAGCACUUUACUCUGCGAUGGGACUUCACGUCUAGAUUUGGAGGCAGAAGAGACCCCCAGUGGACUAUAGCCUUGGUUGGAGAUAUCCUAAAACCUCACCGAGACUCGAUCGAAUCAAUCAAACUCGGCAUGAUGUCUCAGCCUGGGCUGGGCGACUUUGACGCCUCCAACUUUCCCAAUCUCGAGACAUUGACUAUGCAUCACAGGGAUAUUAGAGGCAUUGUCAUCUCGACCUGCCCGCAGCUUCAAGCAGCGAGGUUGCAUGACGUGAUCAUCACCACGGACAACAUCGAGGAAGAAAUGUUUUACAAUGCUUGA